AUGAUCCACGAUAAUGCAUCUCAGGCCACUGACCUCUCAAGCGUCAAGGUCGUGUCUCGCCAGGCGUCGAUCCGGUCGAUCAAGCCCUCGAAGAUGUCAAUUCUCGACAAUGUGUUCUUUUGCGCAUUCCUGUGCGCUGUCGGUGGAUGUGCUGCUGCAGCCCAGGGAUCGAUCAAUGCCCAGAUGGGCAAGUUCUCUGGCAAGGGCCUCUCCUCGACCUUGGUCUUCUGCAUCGGUGCCGUGACAUCCCUCAUCUACUUCCUCAUCGAGGUCCGCGGCCGCCCACCAGCAAAUCUGGCCAUUAUGCUCGCUAAAGCUCCCAUCUGGGCCUGGACAGGCGGUGUCCUCGGCGCCGUCUAUGUCACCAUCACCAUCCUCUCCAUCCCCACCCUCGGUGCCGGAACUACCACCGCUAUUCUUAUCUCUGCCAAGUUGAUCUUUUCCUGCAUCAUUGACAAUUUCGGCCUCUUUGGCGUCAACAAGCGUCCCUUUACCAUCUUCCGUGCCUUGGCUGCCCUUGGUCUCAUUGGCUGUGUUGCCGUCAUUGCUGCCUUCUAA